CUCUUACCACAUCCUAUCGGUUGGUGGGUCUCUCUCCCUCACUCCAUUAGCUUCCUUAAGUCUGAAGUCCCCUUGUGUUACUCUCUGUUCUCAGUGCCCCGCAGAGUGCCUGAGACAACAGUAGCAGACAAGUACUUGUGGUACAUCCGCUUCCUGCGGCUUCUUCUUAAACCACCCUACUUCCCUGGAAGGCAGAUGAAUGAUUUUUAAAACCACAAAUGCAAUGUUAAUACCUUAUAAUAUGCCUUUUCAAAUGGGGAGUAACUUAGAAGAAAAAAUUUGCACCCUAUGCUACUGCUUCACAUUCAAUCAGAGAAUAACUCAGUUGUAAUAUCUGAUAGUGGAAGAACUCAUUUCCACUUAAAGGAAAGUGCUGAAAAAGGAAGGAAUCUAAUAUUCCUAAGUAACAUUUACUAUUCUGUAUCAUUUUAAUCCUAAAGGCACUACAAAGAAAGAAUCAUCUCAUUGCACAAGUAGGGAAACUGAGGCUUGGAGAAGUUAAGCAUUUGCUUCGGGUCUCACUGAAGCAGGGUCCUAACACAGGUCUGAUCAUCAAGCCUAUAUGCUUUCCUCUACAGCUCCUAGUCUCAAUGGCUAUAUUUUCUUUAAUUUGUUCCUUUAGCAGAAACCACACACCAGAAUCACAGUGGAAUCAAAGACCCUCUUCUACGUGACCCUUCUGAAGCAGGAGUUCUAGCUUCUUUGUGCGACAGAACCCUUAGUAGUCUAGUAAAGUCUAUGAACCCCUUCUCAGAAAACGACAUGUGCUAUUUUAUUCUGAUAUUAAAUCACAGGAUCUAGAGAUGGAUCUGACAACAUUGUAGUGCUGAGUGCAAGUGAUAGCCUGAGCUAUCAUAACAAAACAUCUAUGAUUUCCAUUGAUGAGAAAGCCACAGAUAUUGACCACUGUUGUUCGCGACCUAGCCAAAGUUAAAGAAAAAGCUAUGUUUCACUGAGAGCUUGGUGAAAAAUAAAGACAUAUAUUUUCCCAUCCAAGUUCAUGGACCCCAUGAAUUCUGUCUGUGGACCUCUGGUUAAGAAUCCUGGCUUUAGAGGUAACCUGGGAGACAGCCCAAGUUAGGAGAGACGUUUUUAAAGGUCUAAUCAGGUCUCUUGAAAACACAUUCCAGGAAAACAGAAUUCACUAUACGAGUUCCACAUCCACCCGGGAAUUAAAAUUACAAUUCUGUAAUCCUCUGAAAGCUGAUCUUACAUGACAGAGACUGACACUGGGUUUCAUGGGUAGAUGUGGUCCAACGUGCCAGAAAUGCUACCACUGACUGGGAAGAACAAAUCCUGGGCAGGAGAUAUAAACAGACCACGGCGGACUCCCAAGUGUUUUCCUUGUGUACGCUAUGGCUGAUGAGUUAGCAUCUUGUUAGUCUCUGAAGUGUUAAGUUUUAGUUUUAUUAAAGGAAGUAACUUGGAGCAUAUACAGAGCCAUAGAACUGAAGGAGAAAAAUCUUGGGAAUUAAUGCAAUCCCUAAAUUUUACAGAUGAGGACACAAGAGCUUAAUUAAAAAGAAGUGAUUUGCCUGAGUCCAACACCCGGUGGGACAGAUUUAAUUGAUGCUGGAUAAUAUGUUGCAAAAUGAUGGGAUUUGAGCAAAUUCUGAUCCAAUAAAGGAGAAUUUACGAGUUCCUCUCUCAACAUCUUCUUAUUUAAGUUUUAAUUCUCUAUUUAUUGCAAUUUAACAGACCAUUAUUCAGUCUAGUCUAUUUUAAGCUUAUUUUGAAUACUGCCGUGGCUAUUUUGUUUAAAAUAUUAGAGCUCAGAAAUGGACCUCCUAAACUGAUUUAAUCAAGGAAGAUCUAACUGCUUUAAAAUGAAAAUUUUGUAUACUUAGCUAAUAGUUCAAAAACCAAGUAAUACUGAUGAAACUAUUUUCCCUAUGAAAAAGCAAAGAGUUUACAAGAGCAAGACGACUUCUCCUUUGUUUGUAAUAACAAAAAUAAACCAAAGUCCUGACAUAUUUGUAGUAUUUUUAUUCCUAAAGGGAAAAAACAGGAACUUUCAUUGUACUUUAAAGUUAAAGUUAUUACCCCAGAUAUUUCACCAGCUUAGCACUGUGAAAUCAGUUUCAGACACAAGAGACCCACUGCUCUCUCUAGGAAAUGCUCAAUUAGGGUGGUGCCUCUGAAAUACCCAGGGGUCCUGUAACUGAUCGGAUUUUCCCAGAGGGUUUCUGCAGCAUAUAGUCCUGGUUGGACAGCAGCAUCAUGCUCAGAUUUUUCCUGUUGCCUGGCUAGUGACCCCCCUACAGGAAGAUAACGGACAAGCCAGGAGGGCGGAGCAGCUCACUACACAUGUCUGGCUGCUCUUAUCAACUUAUCAUAUAAGGAAAGGAAAGUGAUUGAUUCGGAUCCUAACACCACAGAAUCUGGAGGAAGAGAAACAAAGAAGCAUUAACGCUGAUCUGUACAGCGAAUACGGCCCUCGCAAGUAAGCAGGCUUACUCGUCCUGCUGCAAUCUGACAGCUCACUGCAGGACCGGAGAGAAGACAGCAUCAAAAACCACGUUUGCUGCUAGAAAAGGAGGAAAGAGAAGAUUUUCAUUGAUGGACCUUAAGCCAUGGCAGCAGAGCACUGCAUCUGAGAGGACAGCUUAGGACUCGGGAGUCUUAUGUGCCCUGAAGUUUGCUAAGCUGGUGGUUUAUUACCAAAAGAAAAGAAAGAAUGUGGCAGAUUGUUUUCUUUACUUUGAGCUGUGAUCUUGUCUUAGCCGCAGCCUAUAACAACUUUCGGAAAAGCAUGGACAGCAUAGGGAAGAGACAGUAUCAGGUUCAGCACGGCUCUUGCAGCUACACUUUCCUCCUGCCCGAGACAGACAACUGCCGCUCUUCUUCCAGCUCCUACGUCCCGAAUGCCGUGCAGAGGGACGCGCCGCCAGACUAUGACGACUCUGUGCAGAGACUGCAAGUGCUGGAGAACAUCAUGGAGAACAACACGCAGUGGCUAAUGAAGCUUGAGAAUUAUAUCCAGGACAAUAUGAAGAAAGAAAUGGUCGAGAUGCAACAGAAUGCAGUACAGAACCAGACGGCUGUGAUGAUAGAAAUAGGAACCAACCUACUAAACCAAACCGCAGAGCAAACAAGAAAGUUAACUGAUGUUGAAGCCCAAGUAUUAAAUCAGACAACAAGACUUGAACUUCAGCUUCUGGAACAUUCCCUUUCUACAAACAAAUUGGAAAAACAGAUUUUGGAUCAGACCAGUGAAAUAAACAAAUUGCAAGAUAAGAACAGUUUCCUGGAAAAGAAAGUACUAGAUAUGGAAGACAAGCACAUAGUUCAACUUCGGUCAAUAAAAGAAGAGAAAGACCAGCUCCAGGUGUUAGUAUCCAAGCAAAAUUCCAUCAUUGAGGAACUAGAGAAACAAUUAGUGACUGCGACUGUGAAUAAUUCAGUCCUCCAAAAGCAGCAACAUGAUCUGAUGGAGACAGUUCAUAAUUUAUUGACUAUGAUAUCGACACCCAAUUCAGCUAAGAACUCCUUUGCUGCUAAGGAGGAACAGAUCAUCUUCAGAGACUGUGCGGAAGCAUUCAAAUCAGGACUAACGACCAAUGGCAUCUACACGCUAACGUUCCCUAAUUCCACGGAGGAGAUAAAGGCUUACUGUGACAUGGAAACUGGUGGAGGCGGGUGGACCAUUAUCCAGCGACGUGAAGAUGGCAGUGUUGAUUUUCAGAGGACGUGGAAAGAAUAUAAAGCGGGAUUUGGGAACCCUUCGGGCGAAUACUGGCUGGGAAAUGAGUUUGUUUCACAAGUGACUAAUCAGCAACGCUACGUGCUUAAAAUACACCUUAAAGACUGGGAAGGGAACGAGGCUUAUUCACUGUACGAACACUUCUAUCUCUCAAGUGAAGAAUUCAAUUACAGGAUUCACCUUAAAGGACUUACAGGGACAGCCGGCAAAAUAAGCAGCAUAAGCCAACCAGGAAAUGAUUUUAGCACAAAGGACGCAGACAACGACAAAUGUAUUUGCAAAUGUUCACAAAUGCUCACAGGAGGCUGGUGGUUUGAUGCAUGUGGUCCCUCCAACUUGAACGGAAUGUACUACCCACAGAGGCAGAACACAAAUAAAUUCAACGGGAUUAAGUGGUACUAUUGGAAAGGAUCGGGCUACUCGCUCAAGGCCACAACCAUGAUGAUCCGACCAGCAGAUUUCUAAAUGCCACACACACCUGAGGAACGCUGUAUUGUACUGUUUUCAAAGACUUAACCCCAAAGCUCUGAAAGACACAGCUGCGUACUGUCUCCUCGUCCACCUCAGACAGACAGCAUGCUCUCGGGUGCGGAAGGAAUCCGUGGGCUCCAAGUUAGAGCCCGUGAAUUUCAUCACUUGAACCUGUACCACUCAGUGAACCAAAGCUCAACCCAGAACAAGCAACAACCUGGCGCUGUGACCUGGUGGAAUGCCUGGGCGAAGACACAGCUGAGCUUCCGGAUAACACUGACGAUUCACAGACUGUUGUCACAACCAAGAAUGUUAUGUGCGAGCUCAUCAGUAAAUAACUGGAAAACAGAACACUUACACUAUAUAGUAGAGAUAAUCUUGGAACUGCAUUCUUGUAAGCACUGUUUAUAGAUUGUGUAAAUAGCCAUAUGUGCUGAAUUCAUAAUCAGAAUUCACUAUCACAAUUAAAGGGAGGAAAAAAAUUCUCUAAGCCAUAAAUAUAUAUUAUAUAUUCAGGGAUUUUCUGAGAAGUGGUUAUCAGCAGUUUAAUAUUUGGAGAAGCAAAAACAUAGUUAACGCAUUUUUACUCCUCCUCUUAGGUGCUUUAAAUUUUCAUUUUGAAAACAGCAUUAUUUACAUAUGUGUCAACAGCUUAGUUUUAAGGGAACGCUCAAAUAUAUAUUUCAAGUUUAUAUGGUGAAAACGUCCAGGAUCUCUGAAAUUAUUAAUAGAGAUGUAUGCUCUUGUAGUUUAUAUGAAGAUUGUACUAUUUUUUUUUUCCUGCCUGGCUGUUAAAUAUGAAGGUAUUUUUAGUAAUUAAAUAUAACUUAUUAGGUGA